GACUAGCCCAUGAAUGAAGGAAAAAAAAAACAGAAUUAUUCCUUGCCCCAUCCUCAUUAAAAUACUCAAGAUAGACAUCGACAUCUCUUCAACUUCCAGAAUUCCCUUGUUCAGAAAAAGGUGGGAUGUUGGAGAGAAAUAAUCCAAGCAAGUAUAUCUCGGCUACAUGCGGGGGUCAGCAUGACGUCGAUCCGAAGCCAACCGCCUCCUCCGCAUUCCUUCAAAAGAGAGAAAAGACACUGGAGAGAAGAACAUCGUCCUACUUUAUGUUUAGUCCCGUCUCUUCAUAUUCCAAUGAUGUUGUCGCUGUUUUCGCGUCGCAUGUCUCGCGUCUCGCAGUCCCUACCCCGAUUUACAACCACGCAGCGAUGGAGUAGUUCCAUCUCCCAACGCCCAGGGUCAGACCGAGUCCGAUUCCCUGGUGCCGUGAACAGUAAAUUCACCACAGAUAUGAGCUUCGUCAACCCUUCCAACACCCCUAGCAUUCCAACCUACCGAGUAAUGGAUUCCGAUGGUGUGCUUGUCGAUAAGAGCAGGAAACCGCCCAAUGUCUCCAACGAGCAGGUCCUGACGUGGUACAAGAAUAUGUUGACCGGUAGGUGGGGGAAAGAGCAAAUAAGCAAAUAAAAGCCCUGGUUUUAGGUGCUGUUGUUCUGACUGGAGCAAUACAGUAUCGGCUGGAGAAGAAGGAAUUAGUGUUGGCUCAGCGGCCGCACUGACACCUGACGACGUUGUAUUCGCACA